ACAAGUGUCCAGAUACAAGGUGGCCAAUGCAGAGGCCUCUCUCCUCUUUGCCCUAAGCCUAAGCCUUGGCGCAGAGAGACUCAGUUCUGGCCUUUGACCAAUAGCCUUCUUUCUCAGCUGCUCCUUCUUGCCCUCUCUAUCUUCCUGGGGCCAAGCCAGCCCCGGAACACCAAGGGCAAAAGGAAGGGGCAAGGAAGACCUGGCCCCUUGGCCCCUGGGCCUCACCAGGUGCCACUGGACCUGGUAUCGCGAGGAAAGCCCUAUGCUCGAAUGGAAGAGUAUGAGAGGAACCUCGGAGAGAUGGUGGCCCAGCUGAGGAACAGCUCUGAGCCAGCCAAGAGGAAAUGCGAGGUCAACCUGCAGCUGUGGCUGUCUAACAAGAGAAGCCUGUCUCCUUGGGGAUACAGCAUCAACCACGACCCCAGCCGCAUCCCUGCGGACUUGCCCGAAGCGCGGUGCCUAUGUCUGGGCUGUGUGAACCCCUUCACCAUGCAGGAGGACCGCAGCAUGGUGAGCGUGCCAGUGUUUAGCCAGGUGCCAGUGCGUCGCCGCCUCUGUCCGCCAGCUCCGCGCCCCGGUCCCUGUCGCCACCGCGUCGUCAUGGAGACCAUCGCUGUGGGUUGCACCUGCAUCUUCUGAACCAUCAACCCAGUGGCCACCGCAACUCCUUCCUCCCUGCGCCCACUGUGCCCCGCCAGGCCGAUAAACAGUAAACGCUGUCCUUUAUAAAGGAAGGCAUCGGGCUUGCUUCUUGUGACUAGGAAACUAAAAUUGUGUCGGGGUUGGAGAUCCCUGGGACACAAAUUCCAGAUCAGCCUGAGUAUUUCCCAGGACUCGGCUUCCAAAGAGUGAGCCAGGCUGUUAGAAAUGCUGGGCUGGGGAUGUAGUUCAGUUAAGAGUGUCUGCCCAGCACAAGUGGAACCCCGAGUUCCAUCUCCAGCACCACAUAAAACCAAUGGGUGGUACACAUCCGUAAUUCCAGUACUCUGGAGGUGGGUAGGUCAGGAAAUUGAAGGCCACCCUUGGCUAUGAGUAUAGCCUCGGAUACACGAGACUCUCUCAGGAAACAAAUACUGCUUCCACUUCUAUCAUUUAAGAAGGUGGCAGACUUCCUUUGCGUUCUUCUUUGUAGCAGCUGUGUGACUGGAACAUGAUUGUCAUAAGCCAAUUUGCUACCCAACUAACCCAAGUUACUAAGACAUACACUCCAAAGAGGCUGGCUCCAGGUUCUGCAGUGCCGAACUCGGGUUUGGUCUCUGCUAGACGCUGUGGAGACGACCCUUGUCACAGAUUGGAAGGGUUGCCCUCAGCCCCAAGAUCCUUUGCAGAAAAGACCUAACCUCCCCCAAAGGGCCUCUGGUUGCCAGAGAGGCUCCAAAAUCUUCACUUUUUCCCCCCUGGAAGAGGAACUCUGGCUUUAAACACUCAAAAGAUGCAAGGCAAACUGGAUUGGUCAUUUUUCAUCCAGCCACUUCUCUGCAUUGCUGGGGUACCAAUAUCUGUGAUCCUCAAAACGUCAGUCAGUCACCCGGGAAGCUUAUUCAGAUUUACGGCCUGGUACUCAGAGGUGCUGACUUAGGUGGGGUUUGUUAUUUUUUCACUUGAAUGGCAUGGCUUUUAAUUCCUACUAUUGUGGGUCCUGAUGCUGCCAUCUGUGACCACGCUCUGAGAACCACUGGGUCAUAUGAAAACAUUCUACUGACCACCAUAGGCAAUAUGGAGUUAUCCUAAAGCCCAUACUGAGUUUUGCCCCCUGAUGCUAGCUCUUUCCCCUGGUAACUGAAUUUUGACCCUCUGGGCCUUCUAAUCCCAAGCAAAUCCCCAAUCAGCUGUCCCGGGCUCUAAAAAUACCUUGCCUCCCCCCAGAACAGCUGAGGGGCUUGGGCUAUUUUCUGUGGGUGAGAUGAGCUAGCACUUCUGAGGUAACAUCCUGCAAGGGGUCAACAGCCAGCCCACUGCAGGAACACUUCACUUGGCUGUUUGAGCUCAUGUGCCUACAAGAGCGUCAGGGUGGAAUGCUUUAAUUGUCGAAUUCACGAAAAGCCAAUGGUUAGGUAUGUGCCUGUCUGGGCUGGAAAGUAACUUACCUUUUUUGGUAUUGUUGUAGAGUGUAUACUGGUUAAAAUUACCCUGGGAAGUUUUGGCCUGGUUCCAGACACAUGGAAAAUAGACUCCACGUGCCAGCUCAUGCCGAUCCCUUUAGCAGCCACUUCUGCAGGGCUUACUUGUCUCUAAAGCUCCCACAGAUGCUCUCUGGGUUUCUGUGCGUGCCCCUAAGUGCAGGGUAUUGAACUCAGGCUUUAUAUACGCUAAGUACGUGCUUUACCACUGAGCCAUCUAUCCUCAAGCCCUGUGCUCUCUGGGUUCUAGGCCCACGCGAUGGGCCCAACAAUUUUCAAGGCUUUACUGGAAGUCACUCUGGGAGAAGUUGAGCUGCAGGAGCCCUGGGAGAGCACAGGUAGUAUGGGUAGGAAGGAAAUCCUCUUCUGGGCGAGAAGGGGCUAGCCUUAUAGAGGGAGCAUUAGAAUCUUAGAAUGCUUAGUAUAUGGUUGUUAUACAAGGGUGAUGGUUUCCCCUAUUUCUGGGUCCUCAUCUGUGAAAUGAGCAGAUGAGAUUUCAUUAUCUUCAGCCUCUUGUCCAGUCUCUACAAUCCUGGGACUUAAAGGUAUGGCCUCUUCUUAAAAACAGUGUAUUAUUAUUAUUAUUAUUAUUAUUAUUAUUAACAUUUCGGUAGAGAGGGAGAGAGAAUGUGUGCAUGGAUGCAUACCACAUGUGCAUGUGAAACACACAGGUCAAUUCUGGGAGUCCGUUCUUUCCUUCACUCCGUGGGUCCUGGGGUAGAACUAAGUCUUCAGGCCUGCCAGCACCUGUCUCAGCCCACUGAGCCCUCUUACUGGCCUGAAACUUGGUCUCUUGGGCCUGAGCAGGGGAGCUCAAGCCUUGGGAAAAAUAAGUCCACAGUGGAUCCAGAAACUUACUUAGGUCUAAAGCUAAACACACACUUCCUAUGACACGAUACAUAUAAAUAAAUGCAGAGGCUUCCAGGGCACCUACUCCUGCCCCCUUCAGUGCUGUUUCAUGAGUGGGUGGAAUAAGGCAUUCCUUAACACCUUACUACCAAAGAUUCGGCUUGGGUCAUCUGCUCUAGAAAGCAGAAUAUCUGUGCAGUUUUGUGGAUUCCUUUUUUUUCUUUCUUUUCUGAGACAGAAUCUCACGUACCCCAGGUUGGCCUCAAACUUACUAUGUAGCCAAGGAUGGCCUUGAACUUCUGAUCCUCCUGCCUUACCCACUGAAUGCUGGGAUUACUGGCAGUGAUGACCAUGAUUCAGGGCUUUGUAUAUGCUAGGCAAGGACUCUAUUGACUGAGCCAUGCUCUGAGUCCUGUGUGCAGGGUUUUAAAUACUCAUUCUACUGAGGACAACAGACGGUAAGGGUGGUGCCUCUUCCGUUUUGCUGCUCAGACUCACAGGCCUCUCUAGGGAAUUCUGGGGAGGGAAUGUCUGUUCUGGCCCAAGACGGCCAAGGUGAGCCCUGGGACAAAGCUUUCGGUUGGCCUGUCUUCCCCUUUCUGGGAUCUGUCCUGCAAAGGAUGAGACCAGAAGACUUGAAGGCUUGGGCAAGUGGGCCUCAAGCCACUUGGGAGUGGCUUUGGAUUGGAGCUGUUUAGGCCUGCCUACUCAGGCAAAGGAUGGCUCGGUAGUACAGCCAGCUCAGCCUUAACAUGAAGCCCCAGCCCAGCAGAGGACCUGCCCUGUCUACGCCACAUCCUCCUUAGGGACCCAAGAGAGUGGAGUUAGCAGAGUAUGUUUUGCAUUGUUUUUGGUCCUCGGGCCCAAUACCGAGCAUACAAAGACAGCCUGUACCAUCUGUAUUUCAGAGUCCGUUGAGUACCAUCACGUUUUGACGUCACUGAACUUGGGGGUUGGGGGAGGCAUAGGUCCCUCCACAGUCGUGACAUUUGGAUAAGACCAUUAUCAGAGCCUGUUAUUCUACGAAAAUCAGUUUACUCUAUGAUCCCAUUACUGGUCCGGUGUCUGAAGCCCAACCAAUCAGCACUUGGCCCUUCUCUGGCCACAAGUAUCAGUGCAGGGCUGGUCCCCAUGGCCUACAUUAGAAAUUCAGCUCAGUGGCUGUGGGAGACCCUCCCACUGGGGGACCUGUCGACACUGCAGUCUUUGGCUGUAAGAAGGACCGGGGGAUUGCCUUGUGCUCAGCACAUGGCCUCGAAUCAUUUUACCCAGUAAUGUUUUCAUUGUUUAGAGUUUUCAUUUGUGGUUUUUCUACUUCAACCAAGACUUGUUUUACUGAUGUGCCAGUCUUAUGGCUCCUGUAAUAUCCACCACACACAGAUCACUUGUACCCUAAAGACCAUCUCUUCACUGCCAUCACCAUCACCUGGUAAACACGAACCUUCAUUCCAGUGUGAGCCUAACUGCAUGGGAGGGGUUUUUCUGCUCUAUGCUGAACUCAAUUUAGGCGAAGCUCCACAUCUGGGUUGUUCUAUAAAACUUAGCAGAGACCUCAGACAAGUUACGUUCUCACUGUGAGCUCUUGUCUUCCUGGCAGGAAACAGCCAGAUGAAUCUCAGGACUGUCUGUUGGGCAAGUUUCUGGGCUAGGAUCCUCUGGUGGCCAUGUUUUCUCUGUGUACCCAAGCCUCUCCCCUAAAGCGCAGCUUAACAAGUCUGAGUGGUUUGUGUGUGUGUGUGUGUGUGUGUGUGUGUGUGUGUGUGUGUGUGUGCGUGUGUGUGAGUGCGGAUGGGUGGCCCACACUGGCUCCACUCCUCUGUGUGUUCCCUCCGCAGAAACGCACAGGUCCAAAGGAAUGAAGACAAGUUCCACUCCAAAAACUGAUUUGGGGGUGUGGUGGUGCUGAGACUUGAGCCGGGGGCUUCAUGCAUUCCAAAUCCAUGCCCUCCACUGAGCUACGCCUGUGAUCCUCAAUAUUUAUCUUGUCUAAUUAUGUAAUGGUUUGGCGGUGCCAAAACCAAGGCCCCACAGAUGCCAAGCAAGCGCUCUACUACUGAACUGCAUCUCCAGCUCCAAUCUACUGAUCUUUCCAGGUCACAGGGAAAACCAAGUACAAUUCUGUCUACGAAGCUAGUGCCAGAGAAAGCGCCAGAUUAACCCCCGAAGAACUCCAUCCCACACCUUCCUUUCCCCUGCCGGGGGAAAGUUUGGAGGUGAGGUAGGAACACUCUCUACCACCCAAGGACUUGCCUCCUUUGCAAGAUAGAUCCAUCACACGACUCCUGUACCCUUACAUAAAGAGAGCGGCCAAUCCCUCCAGGGGCUGUCAAAAGCUUCCUUUCUUCCUAUAGUUCAGCUUACUUCCAUUUUUUUUUUUUGCCUGCCCGAUUGACAGGUAGCCCAGAGCUCUACUGACAGCAGUGUUCAGGUAAAUGUCGUAACAGUCAUACGCAUUGCUGCUAGGAGGUGUGGAGAUGGUCUCGAAAGAAGUUCUGAACUAGGACCCACACCAAA